AUGGACAACACCUCCUUUGCCAGCAUCCGAAGAGCAGCGAGUCAAAUUCUCGAGCAAUCAAACAACCAAGUCAAUAUCUUGAUCAACACUGCCGGCGUCAUGGGCAUUCAAGAGCUUACCCUAACCGAGGAUCAUUACGAAAUUCACUUUGCCACAAAUUACCUUGGGCAUUUCCUUCUCUUCCAACUCUUGAAGCCUGCUCUGCUGGCCAGCGUGACUCCCAGUUUCAACUCUAGAGUCGUCAAUGUCUCAUCGUGUGCUCAACGUGCGGCCCGUCUUGAGGAUAAUGACAACAUCGACCUGCAAAAGCACGGAUAUGAUGCCAUGGCAGCAUAUGCCAACGCAAAGCUGGCUAGCAUAUACAUGUCCAACGAGAUUGACCGACGCUACCGCGACAGGGGUCUUCACGCCACAAGCCUUCACCCUGGCGGCGUCAGCACCAAUAUUGGCAGGCACAUGGGCCCCCGAGUGGGUAGCCGAGCUUCUCAAGAAUGA